CAUUUAUGUAAAGAUAAAUCUAGUAUACAAUGUCCUUUUAAUAACUGUUUUGGCAGUAAGAGAUUUAAGUCAACAGCAAAUCACCUAUAUUAAGGUGACAGUAGAUAACAUGUUAUAAAAUAGGGAUCGACAAUAAGUUUUCAUUUGCAUCAGGAAGCCAUGAAACAUUUUGCUUAGGUAAAAAAUCAGUUCAUAACCCAGGAAUUUUUAGAUUAUCCCAUGGCAAUGGAGUCUGAGUAAAAUCAAGCAACUCUUCCAGAGGGUAAAUAGCGGUUUCCCUUUAAAGGGCUAGAUUUAGCAAGGGCUAGGAGAAUUCUCCUUUAUAUUCUCCUCUGAGUACUCUGCAGAUCGCUCUUGGAGAGACGCACCAGUGAACACAGAUUUAUCAAAAUAUUGCACGUUUUAAUUUGUGCUGUUUGGAAGGUAAGCUGGGGCAAAUGAUGAAUUUCUCCAUGUGAAGCAUGAAGUUCUCCUGAUUUAUCAUUUUAAACCAGUGGGGGGGUUUUUAGGUAGCAUUUUUUGCCAUCUUCAAGUAAUACAAUUACAUUGCGCUUUACAUUGGGCAAAUUUAUGCAUUAAUUUUUUCUCUUACAUGUUUACUUUAAUCUUUUGUAGGAAAAAAAUAUAUAUCUAGGAAGGCUAUGGAGCAACAAUACUUUACUUGGAGCUAGCAGGGUACAUUUGGUUAGCAAAGUCACAAAGGACAACACUUGCCACACAGAUUUAAAAAGAAGAAAAGGGACCAAGAUUACGGGUCUGAAGAUUGAGCACAGUUUCCACCGGAGGGAUCUACAGCUUUCAUAAGAUCCAGAAAAAAGAAGAUAAAGCGUCUGUAUACAUGUAACGGUGAGGUAGGGGCUGGGCAGCCUGUACGGGGUGACAGUUGGCCGACUCUGGGAUCCAGGCCAUGGAGGAGUUUAGGCGGAUGUACCUGCGCCUGUGCCAAGAGCGGCAGCUAGAGCCCCAAAGCGUGUUACGGGAUGCAGCGGGAGACCGUCUCGACCUGUCCGCCCAGAGUCUGUCUCCUGACACUUGCCAGAUCCUAGGAACAUUACUGCAGAACGAUGUGACUUUUACCGGAGUGUUAUUGAGCGACUGCAUGUUAAGUGAUGAUGGUCUUAAACCUCUGCUGCAGGGACUUGCUACCAAUGCAGUGAUAAAACAUCUAGAUAUGAAGGGAAAUAAUUUGCAAGCUGAGGGUGCCAAAACCAUUGGGAAGCUCCUGAGACGCAACUCUUCUCUGACUAGUCUUACCCUGGAAUGGAAUAACUUGGGGAUGUGGGAACAAGAUUUCUCCCUCUUAUGCGAUGGACUUGCAUACAAUCAGACUCUGCGUAAACUGGACCUCCGCAAUAAUCAGAUUAACCACAAGGGGGCAGAAGAGCUGGCCAAUGCCCUGAGACGCAAUUUCACUUUGCAAGAGCUUGACCUUCGCUGGAAUAACAUUGGCCUGCUUGGAGGGAGAGCCAUACUUAGCUGUUUGGAAGCCAACAGGAGUCUACAAAAGAUACAUCUGUCAGGGAAUAACAUUCCUAGUGACAUACUGAAAGCUAUAGAUCAGGGAAUGGAACACAACCAGGAGAGGCAGAGUAUCCGUCAGGAGACCGUCAACCAGAGGCAGAUCCUGACUAAAGAGGUUCAGAAUCUGAAGGAGGAAAAGAACAAACAGUUUCUGAGUUUUAUGGAAACCAUUGAUAAGCAUAAAGAACAAAUCAAUCACAGUAGCAGGACAUCAACUCUGCAAAUGCGUAAGCUCCAGGAGACCCUCGAGGAGAGGAAAUCCGUUGUAAAUUCCUUAACCGCCAAGCUGCAGAUGAAUGAUGCUGCUCUGGCUUUGUCACAGCAGAAAGUGCAGGGUCUUGGAGAGCUCUUGACCCAAGUGAGACAAGAGAAUGUCAGUUCCAGGGAGAAGCAAGACAAGGAACAGAGAAAGGAACGUGAGGAAUUUGCAGAGCGAGAAGCUAAACUCAGACGGGAUUUGAAUGCCGCAAAUGAGAAAAACCUUAACUAUCGCAGCAAAGUUGAUGAACUUGAGAGACGGUGCAAAAUGCAGCAAGACCUUUUGUUUGAACUGAAGCAAGAACUAACCAAUACAAGCUCAGAGCUGAAGCUACGAGCUAUCCAAGCAGAAGAACGUCUGGGGGCAGAGAAAAAGAGGUUUCGACAGCUGCUAGAUGAUGCCAAUGUGCUGCACCAGAAGGAGGUGGAUCACUUGAAACAACACAUGGGGGACAGUGAGCGAGCAGCAGAGGAGAGGAUGCAGCGGUUGGAGGCUGUCAGGGUUGCACUGGAAGAGGAGUUGAGCAAAUUAAAGGUGACCUUAGCUAACGAACGUGCUGAAGCCAAAGAGGAGAUUCAGACAGUGCGAAGUGCAACCCAAAUCGAGGAGCAGCAACAUGCCGCAGUCCUGCAGGAUAAGCUGCGGCUACUUAUGCAGUCCCGUGACCAGACACAGAGUCAGGUUCUCCAGCAGAAUCAGCUUAUUGAAGAGCAGCAGUCCAAGAAUGGUCAACUCAGUCUGGAAAUAGAGACUUUGAAGAGAAGGAUUGAUGGUCUUAAUCAGGAACUAGCUAGGAAAGACCAGGAAAAAGUGUCUGAGGUGACAAAAGUGAGAGUGGAGAUGCAGGAACAGAUUGGUCACAUGGAAGCCGAGUUAGCAACGCAGGAUGGAUUUAAAGAGAAAAUCUCUGCUCUGGAGAGACAACAAAAAGUGCAAGCCAGUUACCAGAGAGAGAUGAUGCUCGACAAGGAUGGAGAAAUCUCUUCUCUGAAAGAGAAACUGAGACUAAAAGAAGCAGAGAUCGCAAGGAUACGGGAAGAAGAUGCGCAGCGUGCAAGCAUGCUGCAAAACGCCAUCUUGACCUAUAUACACAGUUCUCCACUAGGUGCUGCUGGGGGUAGGAAUUAAUCCAGAUCAUUCCUGAGGAACAAAUACUGACUUUGCCUUUCUAAAGAACUGUGAUUAUAAUGUUAUGGAGUGCCUUAUUCUGCUACACCAAAGACUGGUCCAUCUGACUCUUGGGGUGUUGGGCUAGUGACCAGCAUAUUUGCACAUCUUCAGCCCAUAUGGGAGGCUGUAAAUCACAGAAGAUAUAUUGACCAUGGCGCUAUAAUUUAUAUUUUUAUAUUAUUUUUUUAUUGUUUUUAAGUAAAGAUUUUUAUAUCCA